AUGGAGGACCCAGCGAGCGGCGGGGCCGGUGGCACCGCAGGGCCCCGCUGGUACUUCAGCCGCCAGCAGCUGGACUGCAGCCCCUCGCGCCGCGCCGGGAUCGACUCCCCCCGGGAGCUCUGGUACCGGCAGCAGGCGGCCAGGCUGGUGCAGGACAUGGGGCAGCGGCUGCAUCUCUCCCAGCUCGCAAUCAACACAGCCAUCAUCUACAUGCACCGUUUCUACAUGGUGCAGUCCUUCACCCAGUUCCAUCGAAACUCAGUGGCACCAGCGGCUCUGUUCUUGGCAGCCAAGGUGGAAGAGCAAAAGCGUGCUGCACAGGAGGUCAUCAAUGCAGCACAUUCCUGCCUACAUCCCCUGGAACCUCCUCUAGAGCCUGAGAGUGAGGCAUUCCUGCAGCAAGGCCAAGACCUGGUGUCUCUGGAGUCAAUCAUCCUGGAGACCCUGGGGUUUGAGAUCCUCGUUGACCACCCCCAUACCCACGUGGUGAAGUGUGCGCAGCUCGUGCAAGCCAGCAAGGACUUGGCCCGAACUGCCUAUCACCUGGCAACCAAAAGCCUGCAGCUGACCACCUUCAGCCUGCGCUACACUCCUCCGGUUGUGGCCUGCAUCUGCAUCCACCUGGCUUGUAAGCAGUCCAACUGGGAGGUCCCAGUCUCCAAGGAUGGGAAGCACUGGUGGGAACACAUGGAUGGUGGUAUCACUCUGGAGCUCUUAGAUGAACUGUCUCUGGAGUUCCAGCAAAUCCUGGAGAAAAAUCCCAGCCAGCGGAAGCACCUCUGGAGCUGGAGGGCCUCUCAAGAAGCCAAGAAGCUGAAGGCUGUUGACACCAGUGGACACCAGCAGCGUGUGGAAACGUCCGAGACUGGUUGGUGGUAUCGUCCAGCCAGGCUGGACCUUGAUGAGACCCCAAGAAAGAGCAAACGUGCCUGGAUAGAUGAGUGUCUCCGACAGCAAGGUAUCAUUUGCUGUCAGGAGCAGAGUGGCCAGAACAGUGAAGUGUCACUCCAGGAGCCGGAGGCCAAGCGUGCCAAGGAGGUGGAGGCACAACAGCAGCAGCUGGAGAACACGGGGGCCAAGGUGGGGUGCCAGUACACCUGCACCUCCCAGGAUCCCCUGGUCCAACAGCAGCAGAAGAGGGAAGGACAACAAGACGACAAUCCCUCUCACCAACAUUUGCACCCCCAGCUUGGUGGCAGCCCCAGCAGCGUGGCCAACAAGUGUCCAGAAGGCUCCCAGCCCAGCCCCGUGCCCAGCCCCGUGUCCCACAAAGGCCACGGUCCCCUUGGCUCUUCUCGCAAGAGGCCCCUGCCGGAGGAGCUGGAGGCCACGGCUGCAACCCUCGAGCACCAGCCCAAGGCCAGCAAAGUCUCCAAGGGCCCCGAGGAGCCGCUCCCCAACCCUUGCCUCCCAGGGGCAGCCCCUGUCCCAGGGCACAGCUUGCAAGCAGGCAGCCUCCCCUUAUCCCAGGACCCCCAUGACACAUCAGAGGAGGGUCCCACAGAGGCCCAGUGGCCCCACAACACAUCAGAGAAGGCCCAGGGGCCCCACACCAGCCAGGCUUCCGAGGACCCCAACGUGCCGCUCCUCCACUCCCACCCCUUGGACCUCCUGGCUUCCAACAGCACCAGCACUGCCACCCACAUAGACAAGCCUGGACCAUCCCCCUGCCCUCAGAACUGCCCCCCUGGCUCUCCCCUCUGCCCAGGUAAAGCCCCUUUGGAAGACGGAGUGUUCACAGAGCCCAAACCUGGGCUUUCCCUGUAG